CCGUCCUCUACCAUUUAUCAUUAUCAAAAUAAAAAAUAAUUCUUUGUGCCUUUCUAUAAAAAUCUCGCAUUAUCUCGCCAACUACAACAAUUCUUAAUAUGAAUAAAAUCAUGUGUCAUUGCGCAUACGCAAGAUUCGUAUAAAACACAUUCCAAAGUUCACACAGUGCUCUCAUUCUAAUCGCGCGCAUGCCAUUAUUCGCCGAUAGUGCUUCAUGGUGGCGGUGACUUUGAAGUAAUAAUAAAUAAUGGUUUUUCAAGAAAGUUUUAUUAUGUCGUAUUUAACUACAUAUAAUCAGUUAAAAAUUCAAUGUAUACAAUUUUAACAGAGUUGGUAAAUUUAAUUUUUCGCAAAAACUGGACUCUGAAUCAGCACUCCAAAUUUUUCUUGAACUGAAUUAAAAUUGUAUACACUAACUAUAUAAUCGCGAUAUUAUGUAUGAAAAUUGUCAUAAAAUAUCAAAGAUAUUUCUGGUAAUUAUUUAUCAUGACGAAUGAGGAUAAUGUAUGGAAUGAGCUGGCAAAUAUUUCAGCUGAUCCUCCUGAAACAAGAGACAAAUGUUCACAAUGCAAAAGACCUGUGCAAGUAUGUUGGUGCCCAGGUUUACCAAAACAACGUCUCAAUCCAGCAUCAAGAAUAAUAAUUUUACAGCAUCCAGCUGAAGCAAAGCGUUGUUUACGUACAGUACCAAUGCUAGCAUUAGCUUUGGAAUCAGGAAAGUGCCUAAUUUAUAGAGGAAAACGAUUUCCCUUACCUAUGCAUAAAGGCCUAACAGAGAUUCUAAAUGAUAAGAACACUAUUUUAUUAUAUCCAUCACCUGAAGCUGUUGCACUAGAUACAUUAGAUCCAGUUGGAAUCAAUGAGCAAAAAGCAUAUAACUUAGUUUUGUUAGAUGGAACAUGGCCACAAGCAAAGGCAAUAUACCACUCAAGUCCAUCUUUAUACUUUCUACGAGCUUGCAAGCUAAUUGGUGUGCCCACCAGCGAGUAUGUAAUUAGAACACAGCCAACAGAAGGCUGCCUCUCAACACUAGAAACAGGUGCGAGUGCACUUUCGAUUCUAGAAAGCGAUCCUGAACUAAGAGAAAAAAUGUUAGGUCCGUUGCAUUAUCUGUGUAGGUUUCAGUUGGAAAAUGGCGCGGUAACACAUCAGAGUAAGGAAUUUCUUAUUAAACAAAAAGCUUACCCAAAAUUAAUUGGCAAGAGACUUGCCAAACAGUUACGUAUAUUACCAGACAGUACGUCAUAACAUUGACUUUCAAGCGUAUCUGACGAUUUAUAAGGAGCUCUUAAUGUGAUAUACGGAAAAAUAACCAUCGAGUAAAAUGUUGGACUCGCAAUAAAUUCUUUUUAUUUAUACUUAGAAUAAAUUUCAAUAUAUUUCAAUA